AUGACAGAAAACUUUAUAACUGUAUUGCAGUGCUGUCUUAGUGGCGUCUGUGCAGUGGCUACAGUCGAAAAUCUCCUUGCGAUUGCAGUGUUUGCUGGCACCAAAAAGCUCCGCAUGAAGUUCUACGCUUUCAUCCUCAACCUGGCCUUGGCUGACCUCGUGUUUGCCAUAGCAGCAAUGUUAGGCACAUGGAUCAAGACACCGGUUAUCAGUGCUUGUAUUAAUGCAACCUUCGCAGUUUCAAUAUUGACUAUUCUUGCCGCUGCCAUCAAUCGCUACCUGGCCCUCUCCCUGAUGCCACCGGCUCGCUACGAUUCACUGGUCACUGGGUGUCGUCUAGUCGGAGUCUGUAUCGUUUUGUGGUGCCUAGGCCUCGGCUUUUGCUUACUUACGUCUGACGCGGACAUCAAAGCAGUAUUAAACGGAGUACAGUACGUUGGAUUAUCACUGGCUGUGUGCAUUGUUUGGGUUAUCACUGCACUUGUUUAUUUCCUGGCUUUCCGUAAGAUCAAACAGUAUACUCCACCUCUUGCAUCCGCGGCGGCAGGCACCAGUGCCAACGCCGAGCGAGAUCAAACCCGAGUCCAGCAGACUCGUCGUUUACUGGUCGUGUUUGUUCUCAUUCUGGCCGUGUCAUUCAUUUCGUGGGUGCCUAUUAGCGUGCUGAGGGUGAUUCGCUUUUUCGAUCGACCGUUUGGGCAAAGUGAUAACUUUCAGGUGUACAUUUGGGGAAGUCGCCUACUCUACACUCUCUCUACCGCGAUCAAUCCGUUGGUAUACUGGUGGCGAUUGGAUAGUUUUAGGGAGGGAUUUCAUUCCUUGUUCUGUCGUUGUGUCACCAAGGCAAAUCCUAGCGAAAUUGAAGCUGACCUGACUACUAAUGACAAAACAAUUGCUGAAUCUGGUUUGUAA